GAUAAGCAUCAUUAGCCCUCUUCACCUCUAUUCUCUUCCAGCCAGCACCAAAGCUUGCCUUUAUGCGACUAAUUCUUGCUUCAGACCAAAGUGAUUCCCCGCUGAGUUCGCCUCCUCGAGUGUGCCUUUCACCGAUUUUUGUUCUCUCCGUUCUUCCUCUUCUCCACACGCAGAGGAAAAGUUUGUCUUGAUCCUCUCAAGUUCGUCGUUCCUUCCCCGUUGGUCCACUGGUCACCACUGAUUGAAGUGAUCCUGUGGACUUACCGGCCCGUGUUCAGGUGUAGAAGCAGUAUGGUUUUCUGGUGGUGAUUGAAUGGUAAUCUUCUAUGAGAUCGACUGAUCAUCAUAGCAAACUGCUUCUUCAAGAUUUAUGAUCACUAUUGGUUCUUACUAUUGACCGUUUUUCCUUGACCGGAGAGUGGUUUGUAAGCUUCCAAUUUCUGCUAUUCUCAGAACAAGUCACUGGUGGUUUGGGUGGAUCUCCCUUGCCGAGUUUGUCUGAUUGAUGGCAGCCAUACUUGAAUCUUUGCUUGGAUCAUGUGCCAGUAAGUUGCAAAAUAUCAUUACAGAUGAGGCGAUACUAAUCCUUGGGGUGGAAGACGAUCUCAGAGAAGUCCUGCGACGAGUAGAACUAAUACAAUGUUGCAUAUAUGAUGCGGAGAAAAGGAGGACAAAAGAGCUAGCAGUAAACAAUUGGCUCGGCCAACUGAGAGAUAUUAUAUAUGAUGUUGAUGAAAUCCUGGACGUGGCUAGGUGUAAAGGAAGCAAGCUACUGCCUGAUGAUCCUUCAUCAUCAUCAAACAAAUCGGCUGCAUGUAAAGGCCUCUCAGUUUCCUCUUGCUUUUGUAACAUUGGAUCACGUCGUGAUGUUGCUGUUCGGAUUAGAAGCCUCAACAAAAAGAUUGAGAACAUUGCAAAUGACAAGAUAUUCUUCACAUUCAACAAUAGUACACAGCCUCCUGGAAAUGGUCCAACAUCUAGACUGAUAAGAAGUUUCAACCUUGUUGAGCCCAACCUUGUGGGAAAGGAGAUCAUACAUUCCAGCAGGAAGUUGGUGGACUUGGUGCUUGCACACAAGGAAUACAAGUCUUAUAAGCUCGGUAUUGUUGGAACGGGUGGAGUUGGAAAGACAACACUAGCUCAGAAAAUAUACAAUGACCAAAAAAUAAAAGGAAGCUUCAAUCUACAAGCAUGGAUUUGUGUUUCGCGAGACUACAAUGAAGUUACUCUCCUGAAAGAGGUUCUCCGGAAUAUUGGUGUGCAUCAUGAGCAGAGCUCCAAAGGAAGCUUGCAGAAACAAUUGAAGGGAAGAGUUUCUUUCUGGUUCUAGAUGAUGUCUGGCAUUCCGAUGUAUGGAUGUAUCUAUUAAGGCCUGUAUUACAUGAAACAAUAUCCAGAGUAAUAUUGGUAACCACACGAGAUGAUCAAAUUACAAGGAGAAUAGGUGUAGAGCAUA